AAUGUUCAUUUUCGUUUUUUCCUUUUUGUACUUUAUUUAUUUAUUUACCACUCCCUUUUUUUCGUUUUCUGGUUGCUGUUCAGACCGGCAAGGCAAGUGGAUUAUUUUUCCGACAAGGGAAGACUAUUGUUUUCUCGAGAAUUUUUUUUUCCCAGGAAGCGAACAAUUCCCUCUCUUUCUUUUCCUGUUCUUUUUUUCUCUCGAGUGUUUUGCUAAAAGAAACUUCGAAAGUGCCAGUACUGUUUGAAGAAGCUAAGCGAAUGUGAAAAAGACUCAGAGAGAGGCAACAGUUUCUGAAGAGAAUCCUCUCGAAGUCCUGAAGUUGUUGUUGCAGAAGCUGGAAAAUAGGAUUGUUAGCUGUAGUGAUUGUUGAAUAGUUUAUGCAUGGAAGGAAGAGAAGGAUUAAGUGCAGGGGUAACAGUGAUAGGAGCAGAAGCUCCUUCAAACUAUCACGUGGCUCCUAGGACUGAAAAUCCUGUCCAGUUUGUAGCGUCACCACCAGCCGUAGAGGUGCCACCAGUUGGUGCGGGAUUGACUGGAGGAACUACAGAAAAGAAAAAAAGGGGGAGGCCAAGGAAAUAUGGACCGGAUGGGGCUGUCGCUAGGGCAUUAUCACCGAUGCCUAUCUCUGCCUCGGCCCCCUCACCUGGUGGCGACUACUCUGCUGGAAAGCCGGGAAAAGUGUGGCCUGGUAGUUAUGAGAAAAAGAAGUACAAAAAAUUGGGAAUGGAGAAUUUAGGUGAAUGGGCUGCUAAUUCUGUUGGCACAAAUUUUACGCCCCAUGUCAUCACUGUUAAUGCUGGCGAGGAUGUUACCAUGAAGGUGAUAUCAUUUUCACAACAAGGGCCUCGUGCUAUUUGCAUCCUAUCUGCUAAUGGAGUAAUUUCAAAUGUCACUCUUCGUCAACCCGAUUCUUCUGGGGGUACUUUGACAUAUGAGGGUCGCUUUGAAAUACUUUCCCUGUCUGGAUCAUUUAUGCCUACUGAGAUUCAAGGAACAAGGAGCCGAUCUGGUGGGAUGAGCGUCUCUUUGGCAAGCCCUGAUGGUCGUGUUGUGGGGGGCAGUGUUGCUGGACUUCUAGUGGCUGCUAGUCCUGUGCAGGUCGUGGUAGGCAGCUUCCUGGCAGGAAAUCAUCAAGACCAGAAACCAAAGAAACCAAAGAUUGACUCGAAGAUUGACUCAAUACCAGCAACUUUUGCACCAGCACCAGUGAUACCUGUGUCUAUUGCUGAGCGAGAGGAAAGUGUGGGUACUCCACAUGGGCAGCAAAAUUCCUCUCCCUUCCAAAGAGAAAACUGGGCCACCAUGCACUCCAUGCAGGAUGUGAGAAACUCAGGAACUGAUAUCAACAUAUUGCCAGAAGGUUAAUUUUGAGAGUCCUAGUCAAAGCAUCUCUUACUGACUAUAUUGAUUGGUCACCCUGGAGUCUGAGUAGCUCCUGUUAUCAAAUUCUGUUUGCUUUAUUGAAUAUUUCUUCUGGAAUAACUAGGAUGUUAGGAAUGACAUACUUUUUGGCUGGGCUCAGACAGGAUAUCUGAUUACUAGGGCUAAUCCGAAGUAGGCUUCUUUGGUUUGUUGUGGGUAGAGUAUUUGGUUGUAAACACAUUUGAUUUGCCUUGGUUAUGAGUUUAUUUAUGACCGUUCUCCUAAACCCCAGGCCAAAUUCUUAUAAUAGCAAAAUUUCUACCAAA